AAGCCCUUCCCUUGAAAUCAUCACAGCGAAUAUGUAGCUGAGGGAAAAAAACCUAUGUAAUCUAUAUACUUUUCAUCAUCGAGUGUGUACUGCAUACACAACAAAAGAACAGAAGACAAAGCUGCGGAUCGGAUCAUUCAAGGGUCAACCUUAGGGCAUCUCAACUCAGAUUUCCACAGCUUUGAUGCAUCACAGUGUCGAGUCAAAUCCAAGAUGACGGAAGAGGUGAUUGUCAUCGCCAAGUUUGAUUAUAUGGCCCAGCAGGACCAAGAGCUGGACAUUAAGAAGAACGAACGUCUCUGGCUUCUAGACGACUCCAAGUCCUGGUGGCGGGUUCGCAACGCAACCAACAAGACGGGCUUUGUGCCAUCUAACUAUGUAGAGAGGAAGAACAGUGCCAGAAAAGCCUCGAUUGUCAAGAACCUCAAAGACACUUUAGGAAUCGGCAAGGUGAAACGGAAAACAAGCAUGCGGGACACGGCAUCCAACGCGGACGCUGACUUCUACCCCGACAACAGCGAACGUCUGUAUGACCUGAACCUUCCCGCAUUAGUCAAAUUCAGCUACAAUGCAGAGCGGGAGGAUGAGCUAUCGCUGGUUAAGGGGACGAGGGUCAUCGUCAUGGAAAAGUGCAGCGAUGGCUGGUGGAGGGGGAGCUACAACGGCCAGUCGGGUUGGUUCCCAUCAAACUACGUGACGGAGGACGCGGACGGAUCGGCGUCCAACGACACGGGUGGGCUGUCAGAGAAGUUAGCCACUGUUGAUUACAGUGUGAACGGCAAUCGGGUGCUGCACACGGUACAGGCGCUCUACCCGUUCAGCUCGGGCAAUGACGAAGAGCUGAACUUUGAGAAGGGAGAGGUGAUGGAUGUUGUGGAGAAACCGGAGAACGACCCCGAGUGGUGGAAGUGUCGCAAAGCCGACGGUCAGAUGGGACUCGUGCCAAAAAACUACGUCACUGUGAUGCAGGAGUCCCACAACUCGGCCAGCAUGGCCGGGCCGCCCACACCUGACUGUGACUACAUUGAGCCUUCCGCCAGCGGGCGGUUCGCUGGCAAGCAGUGGUACUACGGGAAGGUGACUCGUCAUCAGGCGGAGGUUGCACUCAACCAGAGAGGCGUCGAGGGAGACUUUCUCAUCCGGGAUAGCGAGUCAUCUCCCAAUGACUUUUCAAUAUCUCUGAAGGCUCAGUCCAAAAACAAGCAUUUCAAAGUCCAGAUGAAGGACAACCUGUACUGCAUCGGACAGCGCAAGUUCAGCACAAUGGAAGAGCUUGUGGAACACUACAAAAAGGCGCCCAUCUUCACCAGCGAACAGGGUGACAAACUGUACCUGAUCAAGGCUCUCGCUGCCUCCUGAUCCCAGCGGGGGAAUAAACCGGUUAAUAAAGACUUCACAUCAAGACGGUCAGAUAGACUGGGAAUAUCAAGCAUUCCAUUAAAGGGAGGUACAGAGAUAGAAAGACAGUGGACUCCCGUUUAUUCGCUCGGAAACUCAAUGUGGGAAACGCCCAAAAAUCCAAAUACAGUAUGUUAAGAUCAUAGGUGAUGCAAUGUAUUUUGAUGUCAACAUGUAUUACAGACUAGGUCUUUUUUGUUAAUGUUCUUUUCAUUGGCUUGUUUUUGAAAAUUCUUCCCACUUUUUUUACUGUCCUUUAAGUUUCUGCUGGUGAAGUUCAGGCGGCAGAAGUUUGUUCAAGACAUUUUAAAGGUCUCGCAUACUGUCGGUGUCUGCCUGCAUUGCCUGAACAACACGCAGAAGUUGAAACUCUGCUAUAUUUAUUAGGAAUCAUUUUUUUCUGCAAAAUGCUCAAACAAUAAAAGUGAGUGACCAAAACGUACUUAUCGAUAGAUUUGUCACGAUGUUCAGAACUCAGAUUCAGGUAAAAAGAGUAAAUCUUGUGUUUGUUUGUUUCCAAACUCAAACCAAGGUAUAGUUCACCCGAAAAAUUCAUUUACUCAACCUCAUGUUGUUUCAAAUCUGUAUACACUUCUUUGUACUGUUGAACACUAAAGAAGAUAUUUAGAAUAAUAACCAUUGACUACCAUAGUAGUUUUGUUUCCUACUAUGGUAGUCAAUGGUGCCCCAGAACAAAUAUCUUCUUUUGUGUUUAGUGGACUAGUAAAAUGUAUUCAUGUUUGAAAUGCAAGAGGAUGAGUAAAUGGUGACAGAAUUAACAUUUUUAGGUGAACUAUCCCUUUAAGCAACAAGAUUGUUCUGUUAUUGCAUAUAAUCUAAUUUAACAUGAUGAGAAUAUAAGAGGGUUGAAAUAACAGAAGUUAUACUUCCCUGACAAUCGAAAUUAGUGCUACAUAUUACUGUUUGCCUUGACAACAAGUCUUACAUCUAUUGACGCAUCUUGAAAACUGUCUGUAAUUAGUCAUGGUGGGCAUGACAGCCUGUCCAAGAGCCUUAAAGAGAUAGUUCACCCAGAAAGGAAGAUUCUGUCAUCUUUUUCUCACCAUUAUGUCAUUUCAAACCUGUAUGACUUCCUUCCUUCUGCAGAACAAGAAGAAUGUUGGUAACCAAACAACAUUGGUCCCCAUUGACUUCCAUUGUAUGAACGCAAAACCACAUUUCUCAAAAUAUCUUCAUUUGGAUUUGAACCACAUGAGGGUGUAUAAAUGACAGAAUUUUCAUUUUGGGGUAAAUUAGCCUUAAAUUACAAUGCCAUGGCUGUAGAUAAACCAUAGUGGUGCUUCUCUGAGUCAGUGUUAUCUCAAUAAUGCUCUCUACAGUCGUUGGCUUCACAGGUGUGUCUUUACGAGUCUACUUAGUUUGACGUGUGAUGAAUCAGAUGGUCGCCUUCUCUGCUCAACUUGAUAGUCACUUUCCCAGAUGAGCUUCUAGGGUCAGUGAAUUGUCGUCAUGCGUCAUGAAUGAACCAUUGUUAGCUCAAGUUCAAGGAAGAACUUAUUUCACAUGGAAACCCAUCGAGCUGUUUGCUUAUCAGAACCAUCAGUCAUAUAUUAACCUGACGAAAACGCAUCCUUAUCUGCCCAGUUUUACAUAUAAAUGUGUAUGGAGGAGCAGCACGCCUCCACGGGCACGUCUCUGUUUCAACUUGGACUCAAGAUCUUCUGGGCUGUCCUCCAGCGGGUCAUCACUACAACCAUGAUUACUUCUCCGGCUGUUUGAAGCCAGACUGGGGCGAGGAACGGGGAUUUUCGGAGGAGUGUAUGGAAAAAUCGCAAAGUUUAGUUUGGUAAAUAUUAUUGUUGCAGUGGAACCAUGCUGUGGAACUCAAUGUGGGGCAAAAAAAUAGAUUUUGUUAUCUGGGACAGUGGCUCUACUGGGUUUGUUUUAGGAAUCAGAUGUCUUAUUUAAUGUAGUCGGGGUUGUUCUUUUUUUGUGUGUGGUUCUGGAGAAUGAGGGCAUGCCACACAUCCUGUCUAUGUCAGCAUCUGGUUAGUUUUGAUAACUUAUACCAAGUGACUGAGAGAGUUUGGUUAGACAUAUUGCCAACAGAACAUCAAGCUAAUGUUUACGCCUUCAUUGUCAAAUGUAUUUAUUUUGCUGUAACUGUUCACAUUUUACUGUACAUGGUAAGUUGCAUUCUGUCGUCUGCGUUUAAAAUUGUUCCUACCUUUCCCUAUCUAAACAGAACCGAGACCUUUUUGUUUCUUCGAGUUACCAGUUGAGAGCCGCCGCUUUAGGAUGAGGAAUUCUUUCUUUUAUGUGUGGUCCAUAGUUUGUGCUUAAAAAUGUGCCUUCAUCUCAGUUGCUGGAACCAAAGGUUUGGUGUUCCUCCGGUAUCGCAUCCCUGAUAUGUGACCGAUGUGAAAUCAUGUCCUGUUAAUGCAAACCGCCUGUUGGGGAACCGAUCCGCGCUUCAACAUGAAGUUUUAUUUGCCUCCUGACUAAAGUGACCUUACCGGAUGGAGCUUAGUCACGGUUGUGCCAUAGUAAGAAUUAGACCGGUCUGUUCUAUGGGAUGUACUGUAUUGUAACCGUGUCGAUUUGUCAGCCAAGACAACAACUGAAAUUCAAAAUGAAUGUGGCUUAUUAAACAAAUACAAACAGGUCUUUAACCGCCUCAUAUUAAUAGUGAACGAAAUGUGCAUUUACGUAAACUACCCAGCAAAAAUCACUGUUACCUGUUUGAGGUGUUUGAAAGGUGUUGUUAGGGGUCUUACCUGUACGUUUACUUUGCAAGGUAUUAUUAUGGUCGACCAAAUCGCUUUGCUGUCUUUUCUGUUGGGAACAUUACUGACUACGAGUAGUUCGACUUACAUACUUAACCUCAUUUUCAUCAGGAUUGUCAAACUGCACAUCAAAUGCAGCCUUUAAAGAUGUCAUGCUUGGUCCAUUGUGAAGAAGUGUGAAAAAUGCCACCCUUUUCUGUCCUGUGAUGUACAUUGUGUUCCAAAAAAUAGUUACCUUAUAACAAUUUAUUCCUGUGAUCACCAUAAUUUUGUUAGAAAAUGGAUUUUUAUCCUCUGUGAAUCACCUUAGUGGAUUUGUUAGGUUGGACUGAGUUGCAUCUCUGACCCUGGAGCAUGGGUAUAAUCUUAUGUUUGGACUGAGUUUUGCCAGAUCUGGAGGUGUUGUGACUCUGCUCGUGGAGUGAGGACUCUUCCUCAUAUGUAAUGGGAGUUCAUUAGACUGUGUAAAGAAAUAAAACUACAUCAAUCAA